AAAAAUGGAAUUUAAUCAUGAUAGCAGUUCAAGCAAUGGACUGGAAACUUCAAUGAACACAACCAACGGGGAUAAUAAGAUUUACCAUCGCCACUCUACUUAUCAAAUCCAAAGGCUUGAAGCGUAUUUCAAGGAAUGUCCUCAUCCAGAUGAUUCACAGCGGCAUAAAUUGGGUGAAGAACUGAAACUUAAACCAAAACAAAUCAAAUUUUGGUUUCAAAACAAAAGAACGCAAGCCAAAACUCAAAUUGAGAAAGCAAUCAACACAUCACUUAGAGCAGAGAACAUAAGAAUAAGACGUGAAAACGAAGUAAUGCAAGAGGCACUAAAAACGGUGACUUGCCCUCCAUGUGGCGGUCCUCGUCUUGGGAAAGAAGAACGCCAACUCUAUCUCCAAAAACUGCAUGCACAUAACGCAUAUCUUAAAGGACAGCGUGAACAAAUCUUAGACUUCGUAAACAAUAACGGAGGCCACUCAAUACCUAGCGUCAAUUCCUUAGCCUAUCGCCAAGGUCCAUCAUCGUACGCAUCAACUUCCAGUAAUCCUCAUGUCUCCUACGGAACCUCUUCGAACCAUCCCGUCCAGCCACCAAGCUUGGAAAGAGAACCAUAUACCCGUGAACACCUCAACAUCGCCCAACAGCCUCAGCAUUUCCAGCCGCUAUCUCAAAUGGAGAAAAUGAUAAUGUCUGAAAUGAUGGUAAGUGCCGUGACAGAAAUUAUAAGACUGAUUCAUACCAAAGAACCGAUGUGGAUCAAGUCGUCUAUUGAUGAUAGACUCGUCAUUGAUCAAGAGAACUAUGAGAAGUCAUUUACAAAGAUUAGCCAUUUGAAGAGCCCAAGCACUCGUAUUGAGUCUUCUAAGGAAGUCGUGGUGGUUCCGAUGGAUGCAAGAAAUUUGGUGGACAUGUUCUUAGAUACGGAGAAGUGGGCGAGGCUUUUCUCAACAAUUGUGAACGAAGCUAAAACGAUUCACGUGCUGGAACCCAUGGACACACAAAGACAAAACUUCUCGCAACUGAUGUAUGAGCAACUGCAUAUAUUGUCGCCAUUAGUACCGCCGAGAGAGUUUAUGAUCCUAAGAUGUUGCCAACAAAUUGAAGAAGAUCUCUGGGUGAUUGCUGACGUCUCGUGUCAUCAUGUAAACAUUGACUUUGAGAGUCCGACUUGCUCCAAACGUCCGUCUGGUUGUCUCAUCCAAGCCUUGCCCAAUGGUCUCUCUAAGGUUACGUGGAUGGAGCAUGUGGAAGUAAAUGAUAAAGUGCGGACACAUCGGAUUUACAGAGACCUCUUAUGCGGCGGGUUUGGCUACGGAGCUCGCCGUUGGACCGUUACUCUUGAAAGAAUGUGUGAGAGGCUCUCUCUAUCCUCCAUUUCCGUCUUCCUCACCACCGACUACGCCGGAGUUGUGAAAACUAUAGAAGGAAGAAGGAGCGUCGUGAACUUAGGAGAAAGAAUGUUGAAGAACUUUGCGUGGAUACUAAAAAUGUCUGGAAAUUACGACUUUUCUCAAUUGUCUGAAACCAACAGUAGCGGAGUCAGGGUUUCGGUGCGGGUAAACUCAGAGGCUGGUCAACCGACGGGUCUCAUUGUCUGCGCCGCUUCAUCUUUAUGUCUCCCUCUCUCUCCUCUCCAAGUCUACAAUUUCCUUACAAAUCUCGAGAUUCGUCACCAGUGGGACGUUCUCUGCCUUGGGAAUCCCGCUGCUGAGGUCACUGGCUUCGUCACUGGAACAGACGAUAAGAAUCGUGUGAACAUCCUCCAGCCUAGGAGUGCAACGGAGAAUGCUGAUAUGAUGAUAAUACAAGAUAGCUUCAUAGAUGCAUUAGGAGGUAUGGUGGUCUAUGCUCCAGUGGACCUGAAAACUGCAUACGCUGCCGUUUCUGGACAAGUCAAUCCUUUAGCCAUUCCAAUCCUUCCUUCUGGUUUUAUCAUCUCCCAUGGCGGCCAUCGUUCCACCUCUUCUGAGCUCGAAGAUGGCAACGACUAUAGUACGACGCUUCUUACUGUGGCUUUCCAGAUCCUCGUCUCUGGCCCUACUCUUUCUGGAGGUCUCCAAAUUGAAGAAUCUACCGCCACAGUCAAUACUUUGAUUACCUCCACCCUUCAAAAGAUCAAAGUCAUGCUUAAUUGCUAUGAUGAUAAAGUUUAACCCACCCGUUUCACAGUUAACAAACUAUUCAUUUUUCUUUUACAAAAAAAAACUAUUCGGUUUUUAUUACUAUAUUAUUAUAAAAUAAUGUUUUGAGUGAAUUCUCAGACGAUUCUGUUUUUUUUUUCCUUGAAUAAUAAGAGUU